CGCAAAGUACAAACCAUGAGCUCUCUCACUCUGCAAAUUCCGUUAUUUCUCUCUUUAAAAAUUCCUUUAAUCACUCUAAAAAUUCCGCUCUUUCUCUCUCUAAAAAUUCCUCUCUCUCGCUGCAAAAUUUCCGAGCAAAUGCUGCUUGCUUGUCUGAAACAAGGAAGUAAACAGGCUUUUAACAUGGCAAGAAGAGCGGGGUCCAUCGUCCAUUGAAGAGGUUCGGCAUUCUAACUAACUAGUAAACCCAUUUUCUCCAUUGAGGAGUGGAAACAGGGUUUUCCAGUGAUCAUCAGGACCAGAGUUCCAUCAAUGGCGAAGGACCACGAGAAGAUGCUGUGAGAAAUAGGGUUUGAGCAAUCAUCGAUGAAAUUAGGGUUUCUUUGAAGGCGAAGAAGUGAAGAAAUGGGGCAGGCAAUGCGCAGAGCAAUUAGCAGGGGUGGUAGCAAACCUUCCGAGACAUCAUCAGCUCGGGUAAAGACUAUGGAACAAAGGCCACGAGUUUUUCCAUCUGAAACAGAAGCUCCCAAUCCUAGUGUUGAUGUAGCUAGUGAAGUCAAUCCUGAGAUCACCCCAAGGAGUGCAAAUGAAGGUGCUGUUCUUGAGGAAAGAGAUCCAGGAUAUGAUGCUAUGCUAAGCCAGAUGGUAGGGAGAAUUAUAACAAAGCCAGGAGGAAAACUCGAAAUGGGUGAGGCGUUUGUGGUGGAGAAAUACAAGAGACCACUGCCGAAGCUUCGGGACACUAAGGCAGAUGCAGGAAGAGACGAGAAAAGUGUAGUGGCUCCAGGCACUCUUAAUGUCUCACAACUUCGGCAAGUGUUCUUCCUUCAUCAAGGCAAAGAUGGCGGAUCAAUGGGUGUUCAGCAAAUUGCUGAGAAACUCAGAGUGGAUGCUGCACAUGUUGAAAAUAUUUUGCGCCACCUCUCCCUACCACCAGAAAGCAACAAAGAAACAGAGAAAUAGUCAAGUGGAAAAUGUUGUUGUAGAACUUGAGAGAGAGAGACCUGUUGGUUUGGUUAGUGAUAUCUGUGGAGAUGCUCUCAGUGUACUUGACCUUGGAGUUGGCGGAAGUUCUUCUGAGGUACCUGGCUUUAGAGCCAACUGAGUUGCACUUGUGAAACUUCCAUGGAAAAUACAGGUGAAAACACAGUUUUUCCCUUUUUGUAUUUCUUAUUUGUUAUGAGAGAGUCGUGUGUAAAUGCCGGAUCGAUCAAAUAGUCACCCUUCAAACAUUUGUUGUUUUUAUAUCUAUAUUCUAAUAAAUGCAGUUGCUUCUCUCCUUUUAA